AUGAGUGUGCUGUGCAGUUGGGGGAAUUACGCACAACAAGAUACCAAAAAAGCGAAACCCCAACUGCUGCUUCUGAAGAGCUGGGAACAAGACCAGAGUACACUGCAUGCACCAGCACUGAACACUGUCAAAGGGGCGGGCAGACCAGGUCAGCCGUCUUCCCGCCUGGUCUGUGGGCUCAGUCCUACCCUUCCCCCGUGUGAGGAACCACCUGGCCUCCCCCCAGGGGUGACCGAGCAAGCCACGGAGCAUGCCACUAUCCUCUGCAAAAAAGCCAAGCUGAUUGGUUUCAGCCAACAGGGACGUUUGCCAUCUCACGCUCGGAGACGUGGAUUCAGCGGCCCGACAGUGUUACCAAGAUCCUGGGUUUUUUCCCUAUGGGAUCUUAAGUGCAGCCGCACAUCCUGCGCUAAAGGGGGUCCCUACUCAGGACUCCUCGUGUGCCGCCUGCCCUCAGGACGCUUCCCACAUUCCGAGUUUGUUACACUGGAGGAACAUUCAGGAGUAAGCUACCCCAAAUCUCACUGCAGAGCAGAAACCCCCUCUGGCAGGAAAGCCUGGGCCAUUUGGAUUCCUGGUGAUAGCUCACCAGCACAGACCCUGGUUUCUUUUCUAUUCCAGGUUGUGGAGACUAAUUUGGUUGCUUUCGACUGUCACUGGAUCAUUAUAAAUGAGGAAAUAAAUGAUGUGGAUGUACAGGAACUAGUAAGAAGGUCGAUUGGAAGGUUAACCAUCAUUCGACAGACAUUUCCAGUCCCCCAGAAUAUAAGUCAGCGAUGUUUCCGCGGCAACCAUCGAAUAUCUUCAACAUUGUGUGAUCCAAAGGAUCCAUUUGCUCAGAAUAUGGAGAUUUCAAACCUUUACAUAUAUGACACGGUGCUUCUGCUCGCUAACGCUUUUCAUAAGAAGCUGGAGGACCGGAAGUGGCACAGCAUGGCUAGUCUGUCAUGUAUCAGAAAGAACUCCAAGCCCUGGCAGGGAGGGCGCUCCAUGCUGGAGACCAUCAAGAAGGGUGGAGUCAGUGGAUUAACUGGAGAACUAGAAUUUGGAGAAAAUGGAGGCAAUCCCAAUGUCCAUUUUGAAAUUCUUGGAACCAACUAUGGAGAAGAGCUUGGCCGAGGUGUUCGCAAACUUGGGUGCUGGAAUCCUGUCACAGGGCUGAAUGGGUCCCUGACUGACAAGAAACUGGAGAAUAACAUGCGUGGAGUGGUUCUACGCGUGGUGACUGUUCUGGAAGAACCUUUUGUAAUGGUGUCUGAAAAUGUCCUGGGUAAGCCGAAAAAAUACCAAGGCUUCUCCAUUGAUGUUCUGGAUGCCUUAUCCAACUACCUGGGUUUUAACUAUGAAAUUUAUGUUGCACCGGAUCACAAGUAUGGAAGUCCACAAGAAGAUGGAACAUGGAAUGGCUUGGUAGGAGAACUAGUGUUUAAGAGAGCUGACAUAGGAAUUUCUGCUUUAACCAUCACCCCAGACCGUGAGAAUGUGGUGGACUUCACAACACGUUACAUGGACUACUCAGUGGGAGUCCUACUUCGAAGGGCUGAAAAGACAGUGGAUAUGUUUGCUUGUCUUGCACCAUUUGAUCUCUCACUUUGGGCUUGCAUUGCUGGCACAGUCCUUCUAGUGGGUCUACUGGUCUACCUCUUGAAUUGGCUUAAUCCUCCACGAUUACAAAUGGGAUCGAUGACUUCUACUACUCUCUACAACUCCAUGUGGUUUGUGUAUGGAUCCUUUGUACAACAAGAAUUGAACAAUGCUUAUUAA